AUGAAAGAAGCUUAUGUUAUUAUUGUUGUAACAUUGUUUUGUCAAGCUAUAAAAUGCCAGAAUUUCUUUUCAUUGAUUUCACCAUUUUUCGGAAACGGUAUUGCUCCUAAAAGUGCAGGAACUGUUAAUGGCGGAAACUGGAUGCAGGACUUUGUUAAUCUUGGCACCAAUAUUGGCCAAGCUCUACUUCAAAGACAAAAUGAUCAGUCAAGGUCCCAGCCGCUUCAAAUUGUACAUUCUAAACCACCAACAUCGAUUCCACAAAUAGCAACUGUACGACCAGCAAUGAUGACGAUGACAAACGGUCGAAGUGAUUAUAACUCUAUUGUUAACAAUUUUCAUGGAACUCCACGAUUAUUGCAAUCUUCGUUAAAUCAUUUUCCAACGAAUAGUGUAUCACAAACAUUCGGAAUUCUACAAAAGCAACGAUAUUUUGGUCAACAACAGCAACCACAAACAUUUAAUUUUCAUCAAAAUGCGCAACCACAACAGCAAUCUGCAUCCGGAUUUCAAGCGAGUAGAGUAUCGCCUAUGUCUAAUAAUGCAAUAAGAGAAUCAAUAAUCUUUGGACAAGAGAUUACUGGAUUAUUAGACGAGAUAGCUCAGUAUUCGGAUGUUCACCGUCAUCAAAAUCAGGAUUAUGGAUUAGUGCAGAAAUUACUCAACAUUUUCUUUAACUCCAUGUCUUCCGCUUAUAGUAAUGAUAAUAGUCGCAUGCAACAAUUACGGCCAAUAAACGAUGGAACAGAAAUAGGUCGUAACAGACCACUUGCAAAAAAAUUAUUCGAAAGUGAUAUUGUUUUGACUGUAGAUCAAAUAAAAAGAAUUGUAAUGGCAGGAAAAGAGCAGCAAAUGGAUAAUGAUCAUCGGAGAAUUAGACGAAAAGUCAUUACAGGUAGCGUAUAUCGAUGGCCAAGAAAUAUAAAUAUAUCCUAUGAAUUUGCUUCAUCUGAUGAAACAUGGCGUAAUAUAAUACGAUCAGCAUUAUACUUCUUGCAACGCGAGACAUGCAUUCGAUGGCAGGAAAAUGGUCCCGGAUAUGACCGAGUGGUUUUUUUUCGUGGAAGCGGAUGCUAUUCGAACGUUGGUAGAACAGGCGGUCGUCAAGAAAUAUCAAUUGGUUAUGGUUGUGAAAGUCUUGGUAUUGUUGCUCAUGAAAUUGGUCAUUCGUUAGGUUUUUGGCAUGAACAAUCUCGAUUAGAUCGAGAUCAGUACAUUAAACUGAAGAAUCAAUAUAUUGCUCGUGGCACUGAGGGUAAUUUUGUCAAACGAUCAUAUUUGGAAAUUGAAAAUAUGGGAGUACCAUUUGACCUCGGUUCUGUGAUGCAUUAUGGACCGAAUGCAUUUUCUGUUGAUUCGAAUCAUGCAACCAUUGAAACGGUGGAUAAAAGAUAUAGUCAUACGAUUGGUCAAAGAUAUGGUCCAUCAUUUAUAGAUGUAAAACAGAUAAAUAGACUUUACUGUAAUCAUAUAUGUGAAGCUUCGACACUAGCAUGUGCAAAUGGUGGAUAUCCUGAUCCGAACAACUGUCAAUAUUGUAAAUGUCCAACCGGAUUAGGUGGUCUAACAUGUAUUAAUGUUCAACCAAGUGUCUGUGGUGCCGAACUCAUUGCAACAGGCAUCUGGCAACAACUCGAUUACAGAGGCUCUCAAAAAUGUUACUGGAGAAUCACAGCAAAUAAUGCGAGAAUACGAAUUAGAAUUGAAUCGACUAAUUUCCGCUGUGAAGCUACAUGUCGAGCAUAUCUGGAAAUAAAGCAUAAUUCAAUGUUUGAGCAAACCGGAUUCAGAAUAUGCUGUGGAAGUGAUGAAGUAAACGUGUUAUCAGAGCAAGCAGAAGCUUUGAUUAUUUUUGAUGGUAUGGAACUCGGCCAAGAUGGGUCAUUCAGUUUAAGUUAUAUUCAAGAUUCCAGUAAGCCGUUAGCAAAGCCAUCGCCAUUGGAAUGGCUACCAGGAAGUGAAGAUCGUUUGUUCCGCGGUCUCGAUAUUGAUAAGAAUGGGUUGAUAGAGAAGAUCGUUUUGAAUUCAAUCCCAAAAAUCAGAGAUCCACAACGACCAGUCUUAUCGAUUGCAUCUAUUGCAACUGAUUUCGUCUUAAGAAAAACUCUUGGAUAA